AUGACGAAAGACGCUUUGGUCUGGUUCUCCAACCUGCCCGCCGAGUCGAUCGAUAACUUCGACGACUUAACUAAUGCCUUCAUGAAGCACUAUUCCAUGCACAUGACCCGAGUAACCCGGAACAUGUUCACCAUGAUGAAAGCUCAAGGAAAAUCCUUGCGCGAGUUCAUGGAGAAGUUCAAGGAAGCGGCUCGCGACGUCGCAGACAUGCCGGAUAGAGUCCCUCUGGAAGCACUUCGCAAUGGCCUCUGGUACGACUCCAAAUUCAAUGAGGACUUAUCACUAAGGCCUCCUGCAACUUUGGUAGACGCAUUCCAUCGCUCCCGAAACUACAUCUUCCUCGAUGAGGACAAACAUUUAUAUGCCGAGAACCAUGGGGAUAUAAGGACAGCCCCGUCGAAGCCAAGGGAAGAUGCCGUGGAGGUACGGAGGAGACCCGAACCCAAGAGAUCGCUCCUCACAUCAUUCGCAGCAGCUGAUGACGCCAUGACGGUUCCGUCAAACGCCAUCCCGCUUGACGACAAUGACCCCGACGCAUUCUGCCACCUUCACGGAAACAGCGGCCACUCCACAAGGAACUGCAAGCAUCUCGCUCGCAAUCUCCUAUGGAUGUAUCAACAAGGAGAACUCCCCCAGUGA